UUAGCUGGGCUUAAGGCACAGUCGCGAAUUCCCAGGCUGUCGCGCGUGCACUUGGUUCCGACAGGAAUUUCCCCCUUAAACGACGUUUUAUUUUCGUUUUUUGUCCUCCGCUUUCUUGAUACGACACCGACAAAGAUAAUAUGACACCGUCGUCUGGGGAGAAGGUUGAAGAUGUGAUGUCGGAAACGCCGGGACGGAUUUAAUUCAGUGUCACGCGCCGCUCCGUGGGUUUAAUAAUGAGCUCGGAGGCGAGUCCGUUAGCCAGUCAGCGCUGUUGCUAUGGAGCGUUAGCUAGCUGUAGCGCGUUAAGUUAAUAUCACUGUCAUGGUUUAGUGUUUGUUUGCUUUGUCUUCCGAAAGCUUUAUCAUAUUAUUUAGGCUUUUUUUUUUUUUUUUUAAAUAAACUGAUGACAUAUCAGUUUGAAAUAAAGAUUCAGUGAUACGUCAGCUAGCUAGCUAAUAAAUAAUUUACAUAGAUACAUAACUAGCAUAGCUGAGUUAGCUGGUGAAAUUCGUAAUAAAGAAGAAUAAACGGCUGGUUAUUCAAUUAAGAAAGAGGAAAAAAAAACUUGGUUUUUCGGUUUAAGUUUACGAAGCAGUACUGAUUUUUUUUGCUUGCACAAGAUAUUAAUCAAUAUUCAUGUCAAUCCAGCGAUUAUGCUAGCAACUUGACUCGGAAUCGACUCCGAACCGACUCAGAUGUAAGAUAGGUUAAAAAGUUCUGCUAAGUGCUUUGACAGUUUGUGUUUCAGGGAGUUAAUAACUGAGGCCCUGCUUGAUUUCCUGUUGAGAUUUGUGACACUCCAGCAGGGAGUUGGCUGUCAGCUUUCUGAUUGACUCUUAAGGAUUAUUUAUUAUCUUAUAAACUCUAAAUCAGCAUGAAGAACCAGAAGGCGAAGACAAAGAUGUGAACUGGAAAAAGGUUGACCUUAUCAUGGCCUCUUUUCCUCGGCAUGACUUUGCUGCCCUGGAGGCUGAACUGUUCCAGAAAUAAAUAACAUAUUUAUAAGCAUUCUGGGAGUUAUGAAUAUGGAUCAGUCUCGAUCCGGCGUCUAGAUCUCUGUCUCUCGUAACGUUGGUGUUCUUGUGGAGAACUGUGUUUGUGUGCAAACAUGGGAGAAACCAGCCUGAACGACUCGAACGUCAAGGUGGCCGUCCGCGUCCGACCCAUGAACCGGAGAGAAAAGGACCUGAACACAAAAUGUGUGAUCGAGAUGGAGGGAAACCAAACCUUCCUGAAUCCAGCAAGCGGGAACCUGGGAAAAGCCGACUCGAGCAGGAGUCAGCCCAAGGUUUUUGCGUACGAUUACUGCUUCUGGUCCAUGGACGAAUCUGAAAAGGAGAAAUAUGCAGGACAAGACAUUGUGUUUCAGUGCCUCGGGGAGAGUCUGUUGCACAACGCCUUCCAGGGUUACAACGCCUGCAUCUUUGCGUACGGGCAAACCGGCUCGGGGAAGUCGUACACCAUGAUGGGUUCGGCAGACCAGCCGGGUCUGAUCCCGCGGCUCUGCAGCUCGCUGUUUGAGCGCACGGUGCAGCACCAGCGAGAGGAGGAGAGCUUCACCGUGGAGGUCUCUUACAUGGAGAUCUACAAUGAGAAAGUUCGGGACCUCCUCGACCCUAAGGGGAGUCGUCAGGCUCUGAAAGUGCGAGAACACAAAGUCCUGGGGCCGUACGUGGACGGACUCUCUCGGCUUGCCGUGACGAGCUACAAGGACAUCGAGUCGUUAAUGUCCGAGGGGAAUAAAUCUCGCACCGUGGCCGCCACCAACAUGAACGAGGAGAGCAGUCGCUCCCACGCCGUUUUCAACAUCAUCCUCACACACACACUCCGAGACCUGCAGUCCGGGACCAGUGGGGAGAAAGUGAGUAAGCUGAGUUUGGUGGAUUUGGCUGGAAGUGAGAGAGCAGCUAAAACCGGUGCGGCUGGUGAGAGGCUGAAGGAAGGCAGCAACAUUAAUAAGUCUUUAACCACACUGGGGCUGGUGAUCUCAGCGCUGGCUGACCAGGGUGCAGGAAAGAACAAGAGCAAGUUUGUGCCUUACAGAGACUCCGUGCUCACAUGGCUGCUUAAGGACAGUUUAGGAGGAAACAGUCGGACUGCCAUGGUGGCCACAGUGAGUCCGGCCGCCGAUAACUAUGACGAGACCCUGUCCACGCUGCGCUACGCCGACCGCGCCAAGAGCAUCGUCAACCACGCCGUCGUGAACGAGGAUCCCAACGCCAGGAUCAUCCGAGAGCUGAGGGAGGAGGUGGAGAAGCUCCGGGAUCAGCUCACACAAGCAGAGUCCAUGAAGGCUCCGGAGCUGAAGGAGAGGCUGGAGGAGUCAGAGAAGUUGAUCCAGGAGAUGACGGUCUCCUGGGAGGAGAAGCUGAGAAAGACGGAGGAGAUUGCGCAGGAGAGGCAGAAGCAGCUGGAGAGUCUGGGCAUCUCUCUGCAGUCGUCAGGGAUCCGUGUGGGAGAGGAUAAAUGCUUCCUGGUCAACCUCAACGCUGACCCCGCCCUCAACGAACUGCUGGUUUACUACUUAAAGGAACACACGAUGGUGGGCUCAGCAGACUCGCAGGACAUUCAGCUAUGCGGCAUGGGCAUCCAGGCCGAGCACUGCGUCAUCAACAUCACUCCCGAGGGAGCGGUUUUCCUCAAUCCGUACAAGAAUUCCAGGACGUGUGUGAACGGCUCUCCAGUCACGAGCCAGCAGCAGCUUCACCAUGGCGACCGCAUACUGUGGGGCAACAACCACUUCUUCAGAAUAAACCUUCCGAAGCGGCGUCCUCGUCCUGCAGCCGAGGAGGAGGAAGGAGAGGGAGGUAACAUGAAGAACAGCAACAGCAGCGAGCAGCUGGACGCAGAUGGAGACACGGCCAGCGAAGUUUCCAGUGAAGUCAGCUUCAGCUACGAGUUCGCACAGACGGAGGUCAUGAUGAAGGCACUGGGGAGUAACGACCCCAUGCAGGCUGUGCUGCAGAGCCUGGAGCGACAGCACGAGGAGGAGAAGCGCACGGCCCUGGAGCGCCAGCGGCUGAUGUAUGAGCAGGAGCUGCAGCAGCUGCGCAAACGGCUCACCCCCGAACGGCAGAGCAUGCAGACCCAGCAGCACUACCGCAGCAUGGAGAGACUCAGCCUGGGCGGGGCGUCGUCGUCUUCUCGUCUGCGCCAGUGGAGUGAGGAAAGGGAGGCGGUGCUGACGCGGAGUUUGCGGAAACUUCGGGAACAGAUCGUAAAAGCCAACCUUCUGGUGCAGGAGGCAAACUUCAUCGCCGAGGAACUGGACAAGAAAACCGAGUACAGAGUCACUCUGCAGAUUCCUGCUGCUAACCUCAACGCCAACAGGAAGCGUGACGCUGUGCUGAGUGAACCUGCCAUCCAGGUGAGGCGGAAAGGUAAAGGCAAGCAGAUCUGGGCUCUGGAGAAGAUGGAGAACAGACUGGUGGACAUGAGGGAGCUCUAUCAGGAGUGGAAGGACUACGACGAGGAUAAUCCCGUGAUGCGUUCAUACUUUAAAAGGGCAGACCCUUUCUUCGACGAGCAAGUCAAUCACAGUCUGAUCGGCGUCGCUAAUGUCUUCCUGUCCUGCCUGUUUUAUGACGUGAAGCUGCAGUACGCCGUGCCCAUCAUCAACCAGAAAGGAGAGGUGGCAGGACGGCUGCAUGUGGAGGUCUUGCGUGUCGCUGGAGGUGUAGAGGACGGCAUGGCUGGAGGGGAAGACGGGGACAGCAGCCCUGAUGGAGAUCCUCUUGAGCGCAAGCUCGUCUGUAUGAUUAAGAUCCUGCAGGCUACGGGCCUGCCCCAGUACCUGUCCAACUUUGUCUUCUGUCAGUACUUGUUCUGGGACCAGGCCGAGCCCAUCAUCGUGGCUCCCGAGGUGGACCCGUCUGCCUCGUCUCCCAGCAGCAAAGACCCUCACUGCAUGGUGGUGUUCGACAGCUGUAAGGAGCUGGCCGUGGCAGUAACCGAGGAUUUCAUCGAGUAUCUAACCGAGGGAGCGCUUGCUAUUGAGGUGUAUGGCCACAGGCAAGCUGAUCCAGGCAGGAACCUGGCCCUGUGGGACCUCAGCAUUAUUCAGGCCAAGACUCGCACACUGCGCGACAGGUGGAGCGAGGUGACGCGCAAGCUGGAGAUGUGGGUGCAGAUCCUGGAGCUGAAUGAGAACGGAGAGUACAUGCCCGUCGAGGUGGUGGCAGCCGGAGAUGUUCGCACAGGCGGCGUCUUUCAGCUGCGGCAGGGUCAGUCUCGGCGCGUGCAGGUGGAGGUGCGUUCAGUGCAGGACUCUGGCACUAUGCCACUGAUAGCCGAGAUCAUUCUGGGCGUGUCGAUCGGGUGUGUGGAGAUCAGACAGACUCGCCCUGCUAAAGGAAGUGACUCACAACAGCCGGAAGGGGAUGAAAUGGACAGCUAUCAGGAGCGAGACCUGGACCGGCUGAGACGCCAGUGGCUGGCCGCUCUCACGAAGAGACAGCAAUACCUGGACGAGCAUCUCCAGAGUCUGGUCAGCAAAACAGAUAAGUCGGAGGAUGAUGUGGAGCGGGAGGCUCAGCUGCUCGAGUGCCGUCUGACUCUCACCGAGGAGAGGAAUGCGGUGAUGGUGCCCUCUGCUGGCAGCGGCAUCCCAGGAGCUCCUGCAGAGUGGGUACCGGUGCCUGGGAUGGAAACUCACAUUCCAGUCCUCUUCCUUGACCUGAGUGCUGAUGAUUUUAGCUCCCAAGAAAACUUGGAGAGCCCCGAAGCCGGUGGCUGGGAUGCCAUAUUGAAUGGAGAGGACGAGGACGACUUCUUUGAUCUGCAGAUCGUCAAGCACUAUGAUGGAGAGGUGAAAGCUGAAGCCUCCUGGGAUUCCACGGUUCACGAGUGUCCUCAGCUGAGUCGAGGCGGAGCUCCAGACCAGAGGGUCUACCUGACCGUACGCACCGUGGUCCAGCUCAGCCACCCGGCAGAGAUGCAGCUCGUCCUGCGCAAACGCAUCUGCGUGAAUCUCACCGGACGACAGGGUUUUGCCCAGAACUUCCUAAAGAGAAUGUCCACGCGGAGCACCGUGCCUGGCUGCGGCGUGACCUUCGAGGUUGUGUCCAAUAUCCCAGGGGAUGCUCAGAGCUCCGAGGACAGGGAGAUGCUCGCCCGCAUGGCCGCCAACACGGAGAACCCCAAAUCAUCAGACAACGAGGCGGUUAUAGAGAAAUACCUGCGCAGUGUCCUGGCCGUGGAAAACAUCCUCACGCUGGAUCGCCUGAGACAGGAGGUGGCUGUGAAGGAGCACUUGGCCGGUAAAGGGAAGGGAAGCAGACGGAGUCUCAGCUCGCCCAGUGUGCACAGGUUAUCUGGGAGCAGACAGGAUCUGUCUCUAAACUCAAGCCUGGAGGACAACAAGAAUCGAUGGGAAAGUCAGCAGGACAUCUUCCUGACAGCUCCGCAGUUCAGCCGCACGCUGCCUCGGCCCACCAGAGAGCCCACGCCACCACCGCCACAGGGCCAGAGCCCACCCCAAACCCAGGAUCCAGAGCAAGGCCUUUCAGGGCUUGCUGCUUCUUAUCUCUCCCCAGUCAAGGCCCUCGUUCCUCAGAUGCCCAAGCUGCUCAAGUCCCUUUUCCCUGCUCGUGAAGACAAGAAGGACCUGCGACCCUCUCCACAAUCACAACAGCACGUGCCUCGUAUCAUGAUGCAAACUAGCAGCAGCCCAGAUGAAAGCAGAGUUCGAGUGGAACCGGUGCCAGUGAUCGGAAGGAGUCCCGGCUCUGAGAAACCCUCAGACAACCCUGAUGCAUCCACCUCCUCCGUCCAGGACUCGCAAGAGCUGCCCCUCAGCCCCAGCAGUGAAGCUUCCAGUGGUUAUUUCUCCACCAGCGUCUCCAUCGCAACUCUCUCUGAUAUCUCUGCUGCGUCUGCGGACCUUACCCCGAGUCCCAACGCCUACGAUACGUCCCGGCGGGGUGCCGACGAGUGCGAGGACGCCUCUGUUCCUCCUGCAGAAACUGGGCUAAAAUGCGACGAGGAACCUCAGCAGAACCCGAACCCCAAAGACCUACAGCCCGCGCCUCGGAACGGCGUUCCCUGUUCUCACUCCGAAGCCAAACUAGUAACCAUCCCUUCUUUAGUACCUAAAGCUGCUACCGAUUACGCAUUCUCCCUCCAGAGGGUCAAACCCUCGAACCUCAAAUCGUUCAGCCCCAUGCUGCCGGAGGCUGAGAAGGAGAAAGGAGAAAGAGGCAGGACGGAGGGAAGCUCUGACGAAACGAGCAGAGACGCUGAACUCCCUCGCUGGCUCAGAGUUGGAGAAAGCGUCAUGGUGGCCAACAGUAAGUGUGGCACAGUGCGUUACGUCGGGCAGACGGACUUCUCCGAGGGCAUCUGGGUUGGAGUGGAGCUCGACACGCCCGCAGGUAAAAACGAUGGCUCUGUAGCGGGCCGUCAGUAUUUCCGCUGUAACCCCGGUUACGGAGUCCUCGUGCGGCCGGACCGAGUGAGUCGGCGUGACGUGUCCAGACGGCACUCGGAGAACCGGCGUAGCGGCGAGUUCCUACAGGUUAAGCCGAAUUCAGGCCUGACCAAUCAGAAAGCAGAGAACCGCAAAUCCUGGAGCAACUAAACGCCGUUCCUUCCUGUACGAGGACAGAAUCAAAUCCAUGCACUUGUGCUGUAUAACCCUGGUGCUCGGUUCUACACGGAGGAGCUGCGCCGUUCCCUCGUUCUCACCUCUACACCAGCUUACGGAACGAGUCGCAUCUCAACACUGAAUAAACUGUGCGAGUCGAAACUCGAAUAUAACGAGAAGCCCAGUUCUCUGGGGUCAAACGGUCGUUUCUAUCCUGCCCUGAUUCUCUCGAGUCCUUUUUUGUAGACUCAUGUUUUACGUGAUUAUGCAUGAUUAAUCUUCCUCCCCUUUAGUCAAUAAUCUGUGCUGAGAAUCCCAAACGUGCCUUUGUGAUUCAGGUGUUUUUUUUGUAAAGUCAUCCCUUAUUCCUCUUUAACACUAGCGAGAAAGCCUUCAGUCAGCACGUGGUCUGAUCUCAGGGAUUGGUCAGAGAUAACGGUUGUGUCUGAUGUAAGAGAAAGCAAGUUCUGCAUCAGAAGAUGCCAAAAGUGUGGGUUAUGCAUACAGUGUGUAUAUAUAAUAUUAGGUUUGUUAUUUUGAAGGCCUGUUCACACCAAACACGAAUUUUAUGCUGCAUGGCGAUGACGCUCUUUUUUAAUUUUUCCGAGCUAUUCUAGUUUUUAAAGCAUAAUUUCUGGAGUUUUAGGAUGAUUUUAAGGCGACUCACAUCAUUUCAUCUUAUCAGCGUCAUACUGAAAGGUUGACAGCUCGUGUUAGAGCUGUAUGAUACUUAUUUUAAAAAUAAAACGUAUCAGUGCUUUGGAGGGAAAAGCAAGCGCAAGGUUCUGGCUUUGGCAUUAUUUUAGCUCCGAUGUUGCUUCAAUAGAUCAUCUAAUCUAAUAGAUUAGAUAAAUCCAAUUAUAUAAUUAAACGUACGGGCCAACGCUGCUAGGGAUCGGCUCCCUGUAAUUUGUCUGAGCUUUACCCCGACCCCCAAACGCAGAAAAUGCAUAUCGAGCCAAGUGUGUUGGGAAUAAAUCAUUUUCAACUCUUUUACGCUUUCACGAUGCAUCGUGUUUAGUAUGAAUAGGCCUGAAGACAGGAAGUUGCAUUUUCAAUGCCAUGUGCUGUAUUUAUUGCAUGUUGGGAGAGUAAGAAAAAGAUGGAAUUGCAUUGGGAUAAAAGUCUGUAGCUCAUAUGGGGGAAGGCCACUACAUACCUCAGAGCAUGUAGCAUGUAGAUCUGAGUGAUUUAAGAGAACGGAUCAGUCUAACUGGGAUAAGAGGUUUUACCGUUGCACUGGAAUUCAUGAGGAUAAACCUCCUCCAGUUAUAGCAUGUGACCGUUGGAUGAAAUGUCAGAAAUGUCAGGUAUUGACACAAGUGAGAUCAUUUUAGUGAUUCAUAAAGUUCAGUCUUCCAUGAGAAGCUUUGAAUUUAGCGAAGACGGAAUGUAAGAAGAUAAGAGGACGGACCAAUUCCUGGCAGUGCCUAAGGCUACACUGUAUACAUUUGCGUAAAGCGAAUAAGUGGAACGAAAGUCAUUCCAAGAGAAAGUAUUAAACGUUUUGCAUCAUUACGCAGUCAGAGAUGCACAUACUUCAGUAUGAAGGACCACGAACGGAUGUUCUUGCACAUGGGAGCAGACCAGAAAGAUGGGUUAUACCAUUGCAUUUUAAUCCUUACCCUACGUUCACAUUAGCACACGACAAGUCGAUCGUGACGCUUGUAUGUUGUCGCACGGUCCGGCGUCGAGAAACAGUAGUAGCUAUAUGGCUUCUAAAGCUAACUACUUAAAAUAACGCACUAAUUAGGUGUUUGAUUUACACGUUACGUGCUCGCAUGACAGAUUAGCUGACUAGCUAGCUGUACUAGCUACAUACUCACCAACGACCUCUGGAACUUCCUUCCAAGCAUUAUUUUUCUUCGUAACGUCUCUAUACACAUUUAUCGACAGGAUAAGAUGAAACCAGGGUUGCAAGUUUUUCGUCCAUUUUUGAGCAUCAAACAGUAAAUGGGAACAUCGGACCACACGUCGGUCCGAGGAGUCGUUUGAGCCAGUCGUUUGGCGUUUGCGUAUAAUGCGAGAAAAUCUCGAUUAAAAUCUCACGUUGUCGCUCGUUAGUGUGAACGCAGGGUUAAAGUCGUUAAUGUGAUUUCUUAAAUCGAAUGCAAUAUUGAUUUUAUUAAAGUAUAUUUUAAUGAUUAUAGAUAGCUAUGUGGAAUUUUUUUAUAAAACUUUUCAAUUUAGGAAUCCCUUUGAAUUAAAACAUUGCACAUAUGAUUUUAGAUUAGAUACCAGCCCACCCAGUGGGUCUCUUCUUGUUUUAUAGAGGGUUAAAAUCUAACCGAGGACUCGGUGCUGAAAUAAAAAGCCAUCAUCUUUCUAACUCACAACAGUCCCCAUUUAAGACUUCCUUAAAUUAGUAUUUAUUUUCCUGAUUUUAUUUUUCUUCGAUAACUCCAGAGUCUUCUAACUAAUAGAACUGUUUAGUGGAAGUGUGUGUGUGUGUGUGUGUGUGUGUGUGGUCAUUAGACACAGCUUCUUCAUCUUGUCAUUGCACAAGUCUUCAAAAUACUGUCUCAGAAAUGUAUCUUUGAUCAUUUUUUUAAUCAGAUCUGUGCCUUGUGCAUGAAGAUGUUUGCAAAAUUGCGCACAGGUAGCUCAGAAUUGCGCUGGUCUGAUCGGAUUGGCAGACAUGCGCAGACAUCAGUCAGUGAGAUGAGUACAGAGGACACUGGUUAAUAAAUAAAAAUCGUAAUUUUAUGAAUUGCAAAUACAGAUUUUGUAAAAUCGUAAAAAAAAAAAAAAAAACCAAAUACUUGCAUAUCUACUUUGUACUUGACUCACUUUGUGUGUUUACACGUUUCCAUUUUACACGAGUUUAAACAUUUGCAGUUGCAACUUGUAGAACUUUUUGUCUAAGCUCCGCCCCCUUCGUUAAUCAGUAGCCGUCUGCUUGGCCCCGCCCCUCAAGAUGUUACAGUGGUGUCUAAUCGUGUGUUUUGUACAUGUAGCAUGAACGUUGUGAGCAUGUCUGUUGUGAUUUGUAGUUCCAAAACUUGUACAUUCAUAAAAUUGCGAUCUCAUCGAUUUCUUUACGGUUUAUUGCGUAGACAAGGAGAGCAUUUUUGUGCUGAGCUCUUUCUGUCUCUUCCUCUCUCUCUCUCUUUCGCUCUACGCCGGGGUUGUUUUUAUAAGUAUUACGCAUUUAACGGAACUCACAUUAACGUCCUAAACGAUUUCAUUGAUGCUUUUAUUGUAUCCAGUGUUGUAAAUGUGGCUGGUGUUGAGUGUAAUGAUGAUGAGUUGUUGCCAGAGAAGCCUCACAGAUGUUUAUCAGAUAAUAAAGAAUCGCCGGGUUUAAACUGUACGAUUUUUGUCAUGAUUUCGCAGAUAAAACUCGUUUAAAAAAAAAAGAAUUCUUUGGUCGUGAGUCGAGAUCGGAGAUCUUAUAAAAUAUAAUGAGAUGUU